AUGAGUGAAAUCAGCAUCGGAUUUGAUAUCACCGCUGCGACUAUUGCAGAGAACAUCAAGAAAGGACAAGCCAGUUGUGCAUGUGCCCAAGCUCAUUUUAGAGGUGAUUGGCUUGUUGCAAACUUCUACGCCGGUCAGAACUUCCCGGAUGGAAAAAUGGAUCGAAAGUAUCUAGACGAUGUCUUUCCUGAGCAGCCGGUGCUUGUUCGGGAUGUCUCUUAUCACAACGUCGCGCUCAACACUGCAGCUCUCAAGCGUGUUGGGCCAGACGGUCAGUUAACCGGGGAGCUGGUGGAAGCCGCAUCGGGUGAGGUCUUGGCCAGCCUACCUCAGCCACCGGUGUCGUUUGUCAAAGAAGCUAUCAUCUAUGGGAUCAAGAUGUCUCACAAGUUUGGUAUCACUUCGCUACAAGAGGCGUCCGCCAACACCCUCUACCUUCAAGCCCUUCAGGAGCUGGAUAGUGAAGGACGACUGGACAUGCAGAUUCUCCCCCACAUUGUCCAUGCGCCUGUGGGCUUUGCUCAGGAGAAAGCCGAAAGUCUGCAUCGUCUUAUCGAUAAUGCUGAAAGCUUCUGUAUCCAGCACGUUGAUACACGGUUUGUCAAAUUUUGGAUGGAUGGGGCCCCCAUACCGCCUCACUUCACUCAAUGCGAUAUUGGACCCGAUGGGCAUCCCAAUGAGGAGAGGCUCCUACUUGGAUUCGAAGAGUUGUUGGAAGCUUUGACUAAGCACGGUGCAAAGGAUUUGACAUGCAAAAUCCACUGUGCUGGUGAUGGCUCUGCAAGGCGAGCCCUCGAUGUUCUUGAGCGAGUUCGGCAGUCGAAUCCUUCAGGCCCAGUGCACGAACUGGCACACUGCAACGCAAUCCGUCAAGACGACAUCAAUAGAAUGGCGGAAUUACGAAUCACGGCCGAGAUGUCACCCGCCAUAUUUCACGACACAAAUCUCACAUCCAACUACCCCCAUAUCUUCAAAUGGCCGUUCAAGGAGCUCCAGGAUACCGGUGUCCAUGUCACGGUAGGUUCCGAUUGGUUCUUGACCGACACGCCAGACCUUUUCCCAGCUCUAUCGGCCGUUGUGGAGCGCUUCGGUACGCAGGAGGGCAAGACGGCGAAAGAGGUCGGAGGGGCAAAGAUAUGUCGUAUCAUAACACUAGCGGGGGCGGAGGCCGUAGGAAAGGCCUCGGAGAUGAGAAGUAUUGAGACAGGGAAAAAGGCUAAUUUCAUUGCGGUUGAUCAAGACUUAAGUUGUGGUGAAUUUAGUGGAGCGAAGGUCCUGAAGACGUGGUUCGAGGGGAAGAUGGUCUGGAAAGACGCACACAAUGCCGUAUCUAUUUAG